AUGGAUCAUAAUCUAGCCACCGCUAAUCGUCUUCUUGUUUCCAAGUUGAAGCAUGAGUCUCUUAAUGACACUCCUGAGCAGAGGCUUAUUCGCUUGACAAUGAAGCACCCGGAGUUCUCAGCAGACUAUUCGUUCCCGUCUUACUCCAAUGGUUGGCUUGUAUCCGAUAUUGGGAUGAAGACCUCGACGGUAAUGAUGAAAACAACAGAAAUGAUAGCUGUUGACUGUGAGAUGGUUCUUUGUGAAGAUGGCACUGAUGGUUUGGUUAGAGUCGCCGUUGUGGACCGUCAUUUAAAGGUGAUACUUGACAAGUUUGUGAAACCGGACAAACGUGUUGUUGACUAUAGGACACUCAUUACCGGAGUUACUGCACAAGAUAUCGAAAAUGCUACUUUCUCUGUUGUCGAUGUUCAGAAAGUAUUGCAGCCCUUUCUUUCUAAUGGUGCUAUCUUGGUUGGUCAUAGUUUGAACAAAGAUAUGAAAGUGAUGAAGAUAGAUCAUCCAAAAGUAAUCGACACUGCACUUGUGUUCAAGUUUUCCAAUGCAAGAAACAACAGAAAACCUUCUCUUAAUGACCUUUGCAAAGCAGUGUUGGGUUACGAAGUCCGCAAGGAAGGUGUUUCUCAUGAUUGUGUACAAGACGCAAGAGCUACAAUGAAAGUUGCACUUGCUUUUAUUCAGACAGGGUUUGACACCCUAAUUUCACCAACUAAACAGAUGCUGGAGGCUGAGAAAUCAAGACUCCCACACUUUGUGUCAUCUGUAGAACUGAACACUGGUCUCGGUGGACAGUUUCGUUCAAGAGAGUUUACACUUGAAGUUAAGCCAGCAAAGGGAGGUUAUUAUUGUGCAAUUGUUGUUUUCCAGAGUUCUCAAGACGCUGAUCAAGCAUUUAGAAAUGUUGGUGGACACCUAGAGACGGAUUCAUCUGGUUUGCCACAGAAAAUGUGCAGCUGGGGAUUGAUGUCUAGUUGCUACGUCCGUAAAAUGGCCUAA